AUGGGAUUAAGGGCUAAGACGCGCCGCGUCAGGGAAGUUGGCAAGCCGCGCGAACGCGUCUUGCGUGACGUGGUGAGAUUGUCCGCGAGCCCUGCGCACCCGCCGCUUUUAGUACCCACCGGCAAGGUUCGAGGAUAUGCCCGUGUCAUGGAUUACCAAUGCGUCGUCGUGUACACGGUUAUCAACAUCGCACCGCCACGACUCGCAACGCAAGCAGCCGGCCUCUCCAAUGGCUGUAUUGCCUGGUUCAAAAAUAAGCUCAAAAGAGCGGUAGCAGUUUAUCUUCAAUCUCUUAAACUAACGCCGGGCAAUGCAAUUAUAUACGGAAAUUUGGCUUGUCUUUACUACAAACAGGGUCGAAUAGACCUUGCUAUAGACACAUAUAAAAGAGCAAUUGAACUACAACCAAAUUUUCCUGACGCUUACUGUAAUCUCGGUAAUGCACUAAAAGAGAAAGGCCUUGUCGCUGAAGCAGAGGAUUGUUACAAUUCAGCUUUACGUCUAUGUCCGACUCACGUUGAUACUCUGAAUAAUCUUGGUAAUGUUAAAAGGGAGCAAGGCAAGAUUAAUGAAGCUAUGGUUUUAUACAUGAGAGCAUUAGAAGUUUUUCCUAAUUUUGCAGCAACGCACAGUAAUGUGGCAUCUUUACUGCAACAACAAGGGAAACUUCACGAAGCGUUAAUACAUUAUAGACAAGCUAUAAAUAUUCAACCAGAAUUUGCUGAUGCUUAUAGCAAUAUGGGAAACACUUUACGAGAGUUACAGGAUGUGACUGGUGCCUUAUUAUGUUUUAAGAAAGCUAUUGAUUUGAAUCCAAUGUUCGCUGACGCUCAUUGCAAUUUAGCGAGUAUUCAAAAGGAUAUAGGUAAUUUAUCGGAAGCUAUUACAAGUUAUGAAAACGCUUUAAGAAUAAAUCCCGAUUUUCCUGACGCUUACUGUAAUUUAGCACAUUGCUUUCAAACCAUAUGUAACUGGGAGGGGUACGACAAACGAAUGCAAAAUAUUGUAAGAAUCGUUGAAGAUCAACUCCAUUCAGAUAAAUUAUGUUCCGUACAUCCUCAUCAUUCCAUCCUGUAUCCAUUGUCAAAUAAAGCAAGAAGAGAAAUUGCUUCACGACAUGCAAAUCUAUACACGGAAAAAGUAAAUACUUUAAGCAAAGUUAGUUUCCAAUACAGCUUAACUGAUAAAGGCAGACUGCGUAUAGGUUAUGUAAGUAGUGAUUUUGGUAAUCAUCCUACAUCACAUUUAAUGCAAGCUAUACCGGGACUCCAUGAUCAUUCUAAAUUUGAAAUAUUUUGCUACGCUCUAAAUCCAGACGAUGGAACCACAUUCCGUAAAAAGAUUAUUAAAGAAUCAGAACACUUCAUUGAUCUAUCACUAGUAACAUGUAGUAUGGAAGCAGCAAGAAAAAUUAAUAGUGAUAAUAUUCACAUUUUAAUAAAUAUGAAUGGAUAUACAAAGGGGGGCCAGAAAUGA